AUGCCUAUGGAGCUUUGGUCGUUCGAGAAGGGCUCUGUAAGCGCUGGAGUUGGUUUUGUUUGUGCCAGGGAUGUGGCAAACAGUCUCUUGUACGCGACUCUCAUGUCAGAAGGUGAGGCACCAGGCAUCUCAGAUGCAACGAAGAGUGCAAUCCGGACUUUAUUGGACCUGGCUGAGGCCUGUAGCACACGAAAGAUCAUCAUGGGCUUAAGUCCGGAGCAUGCAAGUUGUGAGGGGCUGGCAUGCUCCCUUCUUCGAUUGGGAUUUCAGGUCAUCUCGGUUCGCAAGUGCCCCGUCUUGAACGCCGCGCUUUUGCUCGAGUUCGAUAUGGGCCCACCUGCGCCUCUUCGAGGCAACUAUGUCAUCUCAUCAGAUUACACCUGCAGUGGAACAUCCGAGUGCUCCACAUCCGCAGAGGACCAUGAUCAUCUCCAGUGCGAUUCGGAGUGUCAGGAUAGCGACUAA